AAUACUCAAAAUAUAAACGUACAAAAUAAUAAUAAUAAAUUGUCCUUUUCUUGAUUAUGCAAAUCCUCAACUACACCUUAGAGAUGCCGACCGUCGGAAAGCUCCUGCGUAGAGAAAAGCAGAUUGGAGCAAAAUAUCUUAAUGUGGAUGUGUCGAUCAGUGCGAGGCAGAGUUUGUCGGCAGAUGUGAUAAGCGAGCAGCUGGAGAGAGGAGAACAGAUUCGUCCGUUACGCGCGGUCCAAGGUUGAGUCCUUUUCAAUCUCACAUAACAUCCACGAUUUUCAUUAGAUUCCUUAUUUUUCAGUGAACGUAUAAUUUGAUAUGUUUCUCGGCCGCCACAAGGUGGCUAUAGGUCGUAUUUCUAUGUGUAGUUUUGAUCAUGUUUCCUAAUCUGCUUGAAAAAUCCAAUUCUCCCAAAAGCCCAAUUAUUCUAAUUUUAGCUUUUGCCGAAUUCUCUUCUGUUUUAACUAUCUUGCGGUGCUGUAUUCAUGACUAAUAAUAAGCCUCUUUCCCAGAAAUUAUUUAUUGCGAUUAUGAUUUCUUUUCAGGAAGAUAACUUGUUCAGUGUAAGUUAUUGAUACAUUUUUAUUUACUAGCUUAUUUGAUGGUGAGAAACUGCGAUGAGCAACACUAACGACUUAAUUGUUGUUUCUCUAUGCAAAUACUUUCACCUUUUGCAAGCCAGUACGCAGUUUAUUGUUAAGAUGUGGACGGUGGAGUGCGUAAAAAGUGCUCUAAAAUUUGCUAAUCAAAUGGAAGAUAUAGUCGCCAAUCUUACGGAAGAUGAAACCUCGGCAAUACAAUGUUUCCUCCAGAACGUCAGCACUAUUUUCCCUCAUUUUUCAUCAAGUAUUCAUCUUACUCGUCUAAGAAAUGCUGUAGACGUUGUUAUUGAGAAUUUAUGUAACAAUCCGUACCUUUCACAGAGUAGUCGAGAUUGCAUAUUCGAAUACUGUUUGGAUACCAAUCGUAAACUACCUCAGUUUGAUAAAUACUCUUCUAAGCUUCAUUUUAUACCGGAAAGUUUACUAUCGGUUAUUGAAUGCCGUUUAUUUGGUUCACAUGUUUCAUCAUUAAACAAUGAAAAUCAAGCGGAGAAAUUUCUAGACUCAUGUUUUUUGUUGGAUAGUAAAUAUACCAUACACCUGCUUGUGCGUGUACUAGAGCAAUCAAUACAUUGUGAAGAGACGGAUACAUUAACUAAAAUCAUAAUUUCUUGGUUAUAUAUUGCUAUUCAAAAAAGUAACAAGGCGUACAUUUCUUUGGCUUCAUAUAAUCAUGAAUGCCUGCGCGAUUUGACUGUACAGAUUCCUGAGUUUGGGAAGGUGAUUUUAAAACUAUUUGAUGAAACAAAACAUACACAAAUUGAUGAAGAAAGACAAAAUGAAGAGGAUACUGAAGAUAAGAAUCAAAUUAUGCUAAUGAAGAGUUUGUUAAUUGAUCUUUCGAAACAAAUUAUUCUUGUUGAUCACUUGAACCCUGUCCUAUUAUCACAGAUUACCCGGCUGUCCAAAAAACACAAUCCUGCAGCAAAAUUUUGGAACUCCAUUUUAAAUGCAAUAAAUUCAACUUAAAAAAAUAUUGUAGAAAAAAAAUAGUUCAGUUUUGUUCAAGCUG